AUGCGGAGCCGAGCAAACCCGAUAGCGGCUUUUAUACUUCUCUUUUCGGGUACGUCCGUUUAUUUUCUUGCGCUUAUCUCCAUGGAACGUGCUUUCGCUGUCCUACGGCCAAUCCGUCAUCGCAUCACAAACAGUCGAGUUUACAACUGUAACAUCGAUAUUGUUUGGGCUGUCGGCCUUGCUUUCUUUGGUUUUACCUUAUUAUCCUUCUAUUAUUCAGAUUUUGUGGGGGAAUAUGUUUUCCUCACUUUUAGGACAUUCCUUCUUAUUUCCUUUUUGAUAAUCUGUGUUAGUUACCUAAGCAUACGCACUCGAUUGCGAGCACCACCACGCGCGGAGCUAGACAAUCACAGGCAUCGAUCAAGGGAGCACAAUUUACGAUUUUCAAAAACAGUUUUUAUAGCAAUUGUUUCAUCGCUUGCGUUUUGGAUGCCUGCUUUUGUUGUCUACUCAACGAGAGAAUUUAGUCAGCGAUGCUUUACACCACUUGUGUUUUGGCUCGUGGAUGCCAUGUAUCUGGUAACUUCUAUGGUGAAUCCUCUCGUGUACAGUUACAGAAUGCAAAUUUUGAAAGACGCGAUC